UGCACAGGUAACUGUGAUGGCCUCAACCAGGGUCGAGGCGGCAAAGGCAGCAUCUACGUGUGGGCCUCUGGGGACGGCGGCAGCUACGAUGACUGUAACUGUGAUGGCUACGCCUCCAGCAUGUGGACCAUCUCCAUCAACUCGGCCAUCAACGAUGGCAGGACCGCCCUAUAUGAUGAGAGCUGCUCCUCCACCUUGGCCUCCACCUUCAGCAACGGGAGGAAGAGGAACCCUGAGGCUGGCGUGGCAACCACAGAUUUGUAUGGCAACUGCACUCUGAGGCAUUCUGGGACAUCCGCGGCUGCCCCCGAGGCAGCGGGAGUGUUUGCACUGGCUUUAGAGGCUAACCUGGGUCUGACCUGGAGAGACAUGCAGCAUCUGACUGUGCUCACCUCCAAACGGAACCAGCUGCACGACGAGGUCCAUCAAUGGCGGAGGAAUGGGGUUGGCCUGGAGUUUAAUCACCUUUUUGGCUAUGGGGUCCUUGAUGCAGGGGCCAUGGUGAAAAUGGCUAAAGACUGGAAAACCGUGCCCGAGAGAUUCCACUGUGUGGGAGGCUCCGUGCAGGACCCUGAGAAAAUACCCUCCACCGGCAAGUUGGUGCUGACCCUCACGACCGAUGCGUGUGAGGGGAAAGAAAACUUUGUCCGCUACCUUGAGCACGUCCAAGCUGUCAUCACAGUCAAUGCAAGCAGGAGAGGAGACCUAAACAUCAACAUGACUUCCCCAAUGGGCACCAAGUCCAUUUUGCUGAGCCGACGUCCAAGGGAUGAUGACUCCAAGGUGGGCUUUGACAAGUGGCCUUUCAUGACCACCCACACAUGGGGGGAAGACGCCCGAGGAACCUGGACCCUGGAGCUGGGGUUUGUUGGGAGCACACCCCAGAAGGGGGUGCUGAAGGAGUGGACACUAAUGCUGCAUGGCACGCAGAGCGCCCCUUACAUUGACCAGGUUGUGAGGGAUUACCAGUCCAAGCUGGCCAUGUCCAAGAAGGAGGAGCUGGAAGAGGAGCUGGAUGAAGCCGUGGAGAGAAGUCUGAAGAGCAUCCUGCGUGAGAACUAGCACCUCACCCGGGCCUCCACCGCCUCCCUCCCUCCCCCAUCUCUGCCUUCUCUGUCCUCGUUCCACACUCUGUCAGGAGCCUAGCAAUUACUGUCACCCUCACAUAAGCGAUCCCAACCCCCUGACCUGAAGCUUCGCUCACUGUCACUAAUUCUUUUCUUUACAAUGGAAGCACUCUUUUUCAUUCUCUGCCCCAAAUACAGUGUUCCCAUCAACACCUAUGUCCUAUUUGUGACUCUAAGCUCUUUGUUUGUGUCAUUCAAAUAGGUGAUAGCCAGCAAACAAAACUGGGACAGCUUUCUCCUCCAUUUUUUUCAUAUCUGAGAAGAGACUGCAUUGAAAAAGCCAUGCACAGUGACUCCAAGAAUGCUAAUUCAUGGUCUCAACUGAGAACCUGUUACAUAAAAAGAAAAAGAUUAUAACAGAAGGUGAGCUCUGAAUCUCUAAAGCACAACAGAUGCCGUCGAUCCUUUGGGGAAAAAUGUUUUGAGCUUAGCAAGAUUUUUCAGUGACGUAGAUGGUAGUUAUGAUGCGAAAGACACCAUCCGUGACAGCCCUGAUUACUGGCUGGGGAAAGAAACAGUCAAAAUGCACGAGCAUUGGAAAUCCUAACCACCAACACCAACAGGUGUUGUCCUACUCAGCCAGCGUGAUACAUAUAAAACCUACGUAGCUUGGCUGUCCUUUUCACCAGCUGCUGCUCUGAGUUAUGGUAAAAUCUGCUAGAGAAACCCAAAUUACUCAGUUUGUAUAGAAUUCAUCCUAGCCCCAAUUUUCUGGGGUCCCUCACAUAGCUAUUCAGAAGAAAAAAAAAGACAAGGGAAGUCUGGCCACAUGUCAAGUAAAGAAUAGCUUUGUAGCUUAGAACACAGGAACGUUCCUUUUCCUAAAUCACUUUGGGGCUUCUUCAUCUGAUGUAAGUGAGACAUGAAAUGAGUAUUUUUGGCAUACAUAUACUUAGGCUUUGACUUCCAAAACAUAUGGUUGUGGUUUCUUUGAUAUGUUGGGGGAAUAGCCUGUGUUCUAGAAGAGGUGUGUGAAGGGUGAAGGGGGCAUGUUCGAAGAUGUGGACCUCCAUUUGUGUGGAGCCUCUUCUGCCAAACUGGAGGGUGGGGGGGAUGCUGACUCUUCCUCCAGCAACGUGAGACCUGAAGGAAGCAAGAGAUAGACCUCCGUAGGGAAAGCACACAGUCAGUCACCAUGUUGAUAGCAAUCCAUGAAGGUAGUCAACAUGCAACCCAAAGGUGACACGUCUCUCCCUGCUGACCCCAAAAGACACAGCACCAUUUUAUUACCAAAUAGAAAUGCUUUCUGACCUGUCAUCCCUUUGGUUUUCUACCCGAGGAUUGUCCCCUCAUCAGCAAUCCCAAUGCCCAUCCAUUCCCAAGAAAUGAGUUAUUUUUUUGAUUUGAUUCCCAGGAACAGGUCAACCACUCCUGGCUGAACUUCUCCCUUCCCAUGGGAGCACGUAGCAAAGCUUGGAGCACCUUUCCUUUAAAGCCAGCAACACAGGGCACUAGGUUCUGUUCCCUGAAGGUGGCAACUUUAAGAGAAAACUCUGUAAAACCCAUUUUCUUUCCCCUCCACAUAUUGGCAUGAAUUUCUGUCUUCUCUAACACCGUAUGACCUUCUCUAUAUGAUGCUUUAAAAUGUGAUAUUAUUUAUGAUUUUUAAAAGAAAUUUAUUACCUGUCGCAAAGGUCUUUUUAAACCAGUUUAGAUUUAAAGAAAAAAAUUAAUAGAAACCAUCAAAAAUCCAUUUCAUAUUAACAGUCUGAAAAUAAACCAAAGGACAUUAUGUGUGCAUAGGUGUAUAAGUGCACACAGAAAUAUAUAUACAUAUGUAGACUAUAUAC